UGGACACGCGCCAAAACAACCACCACUGACGCCAACAUGAGCGACAUCGACCUCAUGUCCAGCCCACGAGGGCAUUCGCCCGAUCCAGGAGAGGAGGGAGAGGAUCGUUUCGAUGUCUUUAUGCCCGCGGUCCAGAACCUUGUGAACGCGCUGGGCGGCUAUGAGCGCGUCCCUACGGACGACGGCGGGUGGGAGAUGAUCUACCGUCCAGGCGACUCGGUGCUGGCCGUCAUCAAGGAUCUCAAGAAGCUGUGGCGCAAAGAUGACGCCGAUGACGACCGCACGGUCGCCCGCUGCAUGUACAAGGCCAACCUGAUGCAGGAGCUCAUCGGGCUUGUGGGGGAGGUGCACAACCGCGGAGAGUGGGGGAGGAAGGUGGCACUCAUGGCCUGCGACCUCGUAGCUGCUUUGACAUGGCCGAUUGACGUCGCGGCAGAGCUCAAGGAGCUUCAGGAUGAAGGGCCCGUAGUCACGGACUUUGCAAGUCUCCUCCGCGCCCACGUCGAAUACAAAGCGAUGAUCCUGCAAAGCGACACGCUGCGGUGCGUGCUGAGCCUUAUGAUUCCCUGCUUUGGAACGCAGCGGCGCGAUGAGAAGGAUGACCGCAUCAUCUCCCUAUGCCUCCACAUUGUCCGCAACCUGCUCGCCAUUCGCGAUGUCCGCGCCCCCGACACCGCGACGGGCGAGGAGGAGGAGCUGUCCCGUUUGCAGUCAACACUCAUCGUCCAGCUUGACAGUCUCGAGUACCUGAGCCUGUUCAUCACCAUGGCAUCAGAGGCCGAUCGCUCCACCGGCUUCAACUCCUACAACAUGUUGCUGCUCGACAUCCUCCACCUCAUCUAUCGAUGUAUUCGGCCUGAGGAGCUAGGCAAAGACCAAGCCACAGCGUCCUCGGAGAGUCUCGCCAAGCUGCUUGCAGAUGAGGAACGGCAGAAGAAUUUGUCCAAACUAGGCAAAGCAACCCGUCACUCGCGAUUCGGCACAACACUCGCCAUUCGCACACCGGGACAACGAUUUAUCCUCCACAACCAGGCAGCUAUGAGCGCCGACCCAGUGCUGAUGUUGGACCUGGUUAAAAAGGCGCGGGCACCCCACAAGAGGCGGGCUCAGGAUGAAUUGGUGGUAAACACAACGCUCACGACGGAGGCCAUCACUGUGUUGCAAGACUUCACCAUAAAGUUUCUUGAGUACUUUAACACCUUCUUUCGAUCCGUUGUCACAGAUAUCCGCAUGGAGCGGAGCAAAGUACGCCCGUCCGACAGCAUCCGCACAUUAUUUGUGUCUUCGACUCUGGUCGAAUACCUUAUUAUCCUUCGCCGAAAGGCGCAGUCGCGACUGGAGGAGUCUGCAAGAAGAGGACGCGACCCUAAAGCCAAGAGGAGCUCGCAGGAAAAAGCUCAAAAGCAGCAGGAGAUCAAGGAGGAGGUGGAUGCGGAGGCGCCUCUCGGAUGGGCUGCUGAAAUGGUCGACAUUGACUCACUGAAGUGGGUGACCGCACGAAUGAGGAUUGCUUUCGAGGACAAGGCGUGGACGGAAUUACAAGCAUCAGUUGAUUGCUUUACCCAGAUUCUUCUUGUCCUCGAAUCCAUGUCCUUAUCGACGAAUCAGGAGGAUGUUGAUGCGGGCAACCUGCUACAGAAUCAGCUAUACUACAACGCAGAUAUUCUGGACGCGUCACUCGCCGUAGUAUCCAACUUCACAUCGCAGUCGUACAGCUAUCUUAGCUCUGUGGUUGCGUUUGCGUACACGCUCUUUAGGACGCUUGAGAAGUAUUCAAAGUCACAGGCGUACAUGUUUGUGCGUAAGCGCAAGCCGGCUCGCAGGAAGCUGCCUCCUCCUAGCUCGAGCGGCGGUGAUGGGGCUGCGAUUCCAGAGGAGUAUCGCGACGACGAAGAGGAGGACAUGGAGGAAGAGCGAGACAGGCCAGAAUUUGCAGAACACAAAUUCACAUUUGAGGCCUUCGAGAGGAAACUUGCCCAGGAGUCUGUGACGCACACCUUGCUCUCGUAUCUUGAGCAGUACCAGACGUUCGAGAACGAGUUGCCUUUCAAGCGCGUAGUCGGACUCAUGCACCGCCAGGUAGUGAAGGCGCAGGCAGAGGGGCUUUACUUCAGCGUGUCGACUCUCAACCUUUUCCGCCAUAUUCUAAAAGACAAGCCAAAAUUGCCCCUCUGCGAUGGCACGAGCGACCUGUAUCGCUUAAUUCAGUUUGUGUUGCGCCAGUUCUUCAAGCGGCUCGAAGCCGACCCAUUCAUCAUGGUGGAAAUUUUCCUCCCUAAAUCUCGCGGGCAGUGGAAGGGCAUGUCGUCGUAUGCGGAGGAGGACAAUGUUCACGCCUCCGAGCGUGCUCGUGUGCGCGAGCAGAUGGGACCGCCAGAGCUGGAGUUUAUCAAGAAGAACAAGCUGUCAUGGAGCGACCAAAUGGCGGUUGCAAUUCGGAUGCUCCUUGAUGCCAACCACGAGGAGUGGGUGCGCUGGAUCAUCUCAACGCUCGAGAUUGCACUAGCGGGCCGUCUUCAGGUCGUCUUUAACGUCGACGGCGACCGACUACGCGGGGACGACAGCGACGAUGAUGACGGCGUGCGCCACCUCGCAGGGCCUAGCAAGGAAGCUCAGGACAAGUUUGAACGUUAUGAUCUGGAUGCCGACACCCAGGAGCGGAGGAAAGCUGUUACAACUGAUCAGCACCUACGGCUCAUGCUCAAGCUCGUCGGGUUCGAGCAGACUGACGAAACAAAUAACGCGGAUAGGACGUGGUUCAUCCCCGAGAGUGCGAUGCCUGACUCGCUGGAAGCCUCGAUCGGCGCAUUGAAGCAGUACUUCUUGAACCCGCCAACUCUUGACAAAGAUCCAAAAACAUUGGUACGCGCCGUACGCCAGCGUCAACUCAAGUCACCCGAGUAUAACUCGGAUGGCGAGGUUGUGGCUCCCGCUCCUCGCAAGCGACAGCGCAAGGAUGAGUUGCAGGUGUACAAAUCUGCAGCGUACAUCGACGACUCCGACGACGAGGCAGACGAUGAGGCGUUCUUUUCGCGCGAGGCGGAGCUGCGAGCUGAGAUGAGCGCGCUCGCUCAAGCAGCCGGGCACUCCAUGCGGAGCACUGGCACCAAGCGCAAACGCAAAAGCAACGCGAUUGAACCGCUACCGCUGGGAGACAUGGACAUGAACAUGCUGGAAGAUGACAGUGACGACGAGCGACGCGUAGGUAGCCCCAGCGGCGCGCGGAGCGACAGUGAAGACGUAUCGCCCGCUAAGGUGAAGCGGUUGAGGGACAACUUCUCGCCAGUCUCUGCGAUUAGUGACACCUCUGUCGCAAAGACACAGACACAGACGCGGCGGCGACGGGCAGUGGCGGACUCGGAUGAAGACGAGUAA